AUGGCAUCCAACUGCGGCACAAGUUCAGACCAAUGGAAGCAAAAAGCAGCAAAAAUUGAACUAAAUGAAACUCAGAAACAAGAAAUUAAAGAUGCCUUUGAUUUAUUUGAUAUUGAUGGGUCUGGAACCAUAGGUGUAAAAGAAUUGAAGAUUGCUAUGCGGGCUUUGGGAUUUGAACCAAAGAAAGAAGAAAUUAAAAAACUGAUAGCUGGAAUUGACAAAGAACGAACCGGCACCAUUAGUUUUGAAGAUUUUUUUGCCUUAAUGAGUAUAAAAAUGAGUGAAAAAGAUGAAAAGGAAGAACUGCUGAAGGCUUUCAAAUUAUUUGAUGAUGAUGCUACUGGAACCAUAACAUUAAACAAUAUCAAGAGGGUUGCUAAGGAACUAGGGGAAACUUUAACAGAUGAUGAACUUCAGGAAAUGCUGGAUGAAGCUGAUCAUGAUAGGGAUGGAGGAAUAAAUGAGGACGAAUUUUUGAGAAUGAUGCAAAAGACCAGUAUUUAUUAA